AUGAACAUACUCAAUAAAGCUACAUUUGGAGGCGGAUGUUUUUGGUGCAUUGAAGCCGUUUACAGAAGAAUUGAAGGAGUAGCUGAAGCAUACUCUGGAUAUAGUGGAGGUGCAGAAUCAACCACAGCCAACUAUAAGGAUGUGUGCAAAGGGAGUACUGGUCAUGCUGAAGUUGUGCAAGUUAUUUUCGAUCAAAAUAAAGUUGAUUAUAAGGACUUGCUCCAUAUCUUCUUUGCAUCGCAUGAUCCAACCACUUUGAAUAGGUAAGGUGAAGAUAAAGGUGAACAAUAUCGUUCGGUCAUUUUUUAUCAUAGUGAAGAGUAAUUGGCAUUAGCCAAUGAAGUUAUUAAGGAAUUGUAAAAGGAAUAUGAGAAUCCAAUAGUGACUUAGCUUAUUAAAUUUUAAGAAUUUUAUAAAGCUGAAGAUUAUCAUCAAGGAUAUUAUGACAUCAACUAAAAUGAAGGAUAUUGCAAAAUGGUCAUAUCACCUAAGAUUGAAAAGAUAGUCAAGAAAUAUAAGACAUAACUCAAGCCAGAGUAUUAAUGAACAAG